UUUCUAGUAUAUGCGGGGAAAGUAUAUGCGGGGAAACAAAGCGGGGAAAGCAUUUGUUCGAUCGUUACAAUGCCGGUGAUUCUAUAGACUGAACAGGAACGCUGCUUCUUUUACUCAGCGAACAUUUUGCUAUUGUCUAAUUAAAUUCAUGUUAAUUAAAUUCAAAUUGUUAAAUUCAGAACCUGAAAACUCUUCCAAGCCAGUCAGAGAUCAUAAACAGGCAAAGCCAGAAAUCUGCUAUAUCAAUUCCGCAACGAUUCGGACAUUGAUGUAACUAUAUGUCCAUUUGCCAAUAACAAACUUAUAAGCGCGUUAAGGUCCGCGUACGUAGCGCUCCGCGUGGCAGCAUCGAGAGUUGCGCUUAUUGAAGUACUCUGUUGCUGCUGCUAUGAGGCGGCCGUCGACGUCUGGAUGUUCCGCGUUAGCACGGCUUACGGGGGCGGUGGUGGCUCCUCGGAACAGCGUGUCCCGGAGCGUACCAAUGUCACGCAUCACCUACAAACCAGCUGGUCCGAUCACAACAAGAAGUCGCCGCCCAAAAUAGUCGGCUCGACAGAAGGGUGUGACCAGGGCACCGAUAUCCAAGCGGGCGAAGCGAAUCAGGGCUUCUAUCAGCAAGCUCCCGGAAACGGAGGAGGCGGGGGCACUGUAGGUACCGGAGGAAUCUCAGAAGGCAAUUUCGAGCCCAUCCCUCACGACCACUCACUUUGCGAGAGGGUCACUAUUAACGUAUCCGGCCUUCGCUUCGAAACCCAGCUCAGGACUCUAAAACAAUUCCCGGACACUCUUUUAGGCGAUGCGCGGCGGCGGAUUCGCUACUACGAUCCGCUACGCAAUGAAUACUUCUUCGACCGAAAUAGGCCAUCGUUUGAUGCUAUCCUGUACUACUACCAAAGCGGCGGUCGGCUCAGAAGGCCGGUGAGUGUGCCGCUGGACGUGUUCGCCGAAGAGAUCAAGUUCUACGAGCUCGGGGAGGGAGCGUUCAACAAGUUCCGCGAGGACGAGGGAUUCAUCAAGGAAGAGGAGCGGCCCCUGCCCGCCAACGAGUUCCAGAGAAAAAUGUGGUUAUUAUUUGAAUAUCCAGAGAGCUCACAAGCCGCACGUGUGGUGGCCAUCAUCUCUGUGGUCGUGAUCCUGCUUUCGAUCGUCAUUUUCUGCCUCGAGACGCUGCCAGAGUUCAAACACUACAGGAUGUUCGCCGUCGCCGGAAACAAGACUCGCGUGGUCGAGGACGAAGUACCCAAACUCACCGAGCCAUUUUUUCUUAUUGAGACAUGUUGUAUCGUCUGGUUCACAUUUGAAUUGGCUGUCAGAUUCUCCGCCUGCCCGUGCAAGUUCGCGUUCUUCAAAGACGUCAUGAACAGCAUCGAUUUAAUUGCCAUCAUUCCCUACUUUAUCACACUAGGUACGGUGAUCGCUCGUGAACGGGAAGGUCCCUCACUGCUGCCACCUGGUGACAAGUCGUCAAACCAAGCCAUGUCGUUGGCCAUCCUUCGGGUUAUCCGUCUUGUUCGAGUGUUUCGCAUAUUCAAACUUUCGCGCCACUCCAAAGGUCUGCAGAUCCUGGGCCGGACCCUGAAGGCUUCCAUGAGAGAGUUAGGACUACUCAUAUUUUUCCUAUUUAUAGGUGUAAUACUGUUUUCGUCGGCUGUUUACUACGCCGAAGCCGAUUCAGAGAGGUCGUACUUUAAGAGCAUUCCGGACGCGUUCUGGUGGGCAGUGGUCACAAUGACCACAGUGGGAUAUGGAGAUAUGAGACCCGUUGGUGUCUGGGGCAAGGUGGUGGGUUCACUGUGCGCAAUCGCGGGAGUGCUCACAAUUGCUCUGCCCGUUCCUGUGAUCGUGUCCAACUUCAAUUAUUUCUACCACCGAGAGACAGACCAAGAGGAGAUGCACGGCGCGCACAAUUUCUCACACGUCACCUCGUGUCCAUAUCUGCCCGGGCCGACCGGGUCCGCCGAUAAAACGACGGGGGCCACGGACGGGGUGGGCUCCCCCAGUGGAGGUGGUACGGGCGAAUCGCCCUCACAUCGAGGCUCGCUGCAGCUCCAGCAGCAACACGCGCGGCUGUUCCACCAGGCGAGUGCCACUGCCGCCACGCUCGGCUCCCUCAACAAUCCCGACAGUAUUGGCCCUACUGCCACCUCGCCUACGAAUCGACAUCGACUUGCAAGCAUUACUUGUAGGUCGAUCGAGGCGGACUGUUGGUCGUGUUCGAGUGCGGGCGAUGGUGAGUCGGAGUGUGCGCCCGAUCUCAAUUCGCUUACCGCGCCACUCACGUUGUCGACGGUGGCGCCCUCGCCCGAAAAACGCAUCGAAACAGAUGUAUGAUAUUGGCUGCUAUACCUGCAACAGCGUUUUGCUAUUGCUCGUUAUUGCCACCAUCUACCUUUGGCGCCCGUCCUUCUAUCGUGAUAGGAUGUUAACAAUGAUGGCAACAAAGAAAUUUCAUCUGAGACAGACUUCUAGAGCUGACAGUGUAAUAUGCACUCGAGGUACAAAGAGAAAAUACUGCUCGUUAACGGAAGGGAGCACUUCAAAUGCAAUACAAUUAAGACCAAUCAGGAACACAAAUAGGGUGGAGCAAAUGGAAACAAGGACAAAUAUGCAG